GAAACAGCAGCUGUGCCGUCAGAUGCACCAGCACUGAAGAGCAGCGACGUGCAACAUUUCGCCAUUCAGCUCCAUUCACGUUUAUUUUGCAGGAUUACUCCGAAUCACAGACUUUAUUCAACACGGUUCUGCUGAAUGCUGUGAUGAGCUCCUGAGUACUCCGUUCUUCCUGGCCAGCUGUCUUGAAAGACCAAGUGCUCUAGUGACAGCAGUGGCAUCCAGAAAAACAAAUAAAGACAACCAGCCAUGGCUAGUGCAGCAGACGGUAUUGGCAGUUUGGGAAGUGAGCAGAGCCACAUCAGUGUGCCCAUGGCGGAUCCUGGUGCCUGGGCAACUGCCAUGAAUAACCUGGGCAUUGUGCCUAUGAGCCUAACUGGGCAGCAGCUGGUAUCAGACUCCAUCUGCAUACAAGGUUUUGACCCCAACUUAGGAAUCAUCACCCCAAUCAAUCCAAUGAUGGCUGGGAUCAGUUUGGUACCUCCUCAUCCUGUGCCAGCAGAGCUACCAGUAGUAAAGGACAUCAUCCACUGCAAGAGCUGCACACUGUUUCCACAGAACCCCAAUCUUCCGCCACCCUCCACCAGAGAGAGACCUCCAGGGUGCAAGACCGUCUUUGUUGGUGGACUUCCUGAAAAUGCGACUGAGGAGAUAAUUAAAGAAGUUUUCGACCAGUGUGGUGAGAUUAUUGCCUUACGCAAGAGCAAGAAAAACUUCUGCCACAUUCGCUACAGUGAGGAAUUCAUGGUGGACAAGGCGCUCUACCUCUCUGGCUAUCGGAUGCGCAUUGGCUCCAGCACCGAUAAAAAGGAUUCGGGCCGCAUACAUGUAGAUUUCGCUCAGGCGAGAGAUGAUUUGUACGAGUGGGAGUGCAUGCAAAGAUUACUGGCACGAGAAGAACGACAUCGACAGAAAAUCCAUGAGGAGCGGCUGAGACCUCCUUCACCUCCUCCCAUAAUGCACUACUCUGAGCACGAGGCAGCUCUUUUGGCUGAGAAAUUGAAAGAUGACAACAAGUUCAGCGAGGGGACGGCAGUGCUCUUCACAUGGGUAGAAAGAGGCGAGGUGAACCGCCGCACAGCGAAUCAUUUCUACUCAAUGAUACAGUCGGCCAACAGCCACGUGCGUCGUCUAAUGACCGAGAAAGCCCAACAUGAGGAGGAGAUGGAGCUGGCCAAAGAAAUCUUUAAAAAUUCCCUGCUUGCCAUCCUCACACAAUUUGAGCAGAUUACGGCUGUGUUCACCGCUGCCACCAGACAAAAGGCAUGGGACCAUUUCUCAAAAGCACAGCGCAAGAACAUAGACAUUUGGCGAAAGCAGUGCGAGGAGUUGAGAAAUGCUCACAGUGAAGAGAUCAUGGGAAUACGAAGAGAAGAGGAAAUGGAGAUGUCAGAUGAAGAUUUGGAAGAAAACCCUUGCAAGAAGAUCAGAAUGGAGGACACAGUCCUGUCUGCACAGUCGUGUUCUCUGCGCGAAGAAAACGACAGUCUACGCUGGCAGCUGGACGCCUACAGGAAUGAGGUGGAGUUGCUGAAGAAGGAGCAGGAAAAGACUUACCGCACAGAGGAGGACCACACCCAAGAGCAGCAGCUGCACUUUCUGCAGCAAACCAUGCAGAACAUGCAGCAGCAACUUCUUCGGCUCCAAGAAGAUCUGAAAGGGAAGGAGUUGGAGCUGGAGCAGGCCAGAGAUGAGAAGCGUUACCUGGAGGGAGAGGUCCUCAGCUUUAGGGAAAAGCUUUUGAAUGCCAUGGAAUCAGUGGAUUUGACAAACCACAUCUCUGAAGGCCAUGAAAAGGUAGUAAACGGGACAGCAGCACACUACAACUAUCGAGAGAAGAAUAAUGAUGCAGCCACUUGGGGUCCCUUGAGAUCAGAAAAAGAGGCUCUUCUGCUUGGAAUCAUAUCAACCUUCCUUCACGUUCACCCGUUUGGAGCCAACAUUGAAUAUCUGUGGUCUUACAUCCAGAGACUUGAUACAAAGAUCUCAGCCAGUGAACUCGAGAGGCUAAUGGUGCGUCUGCCCAACAUGUUCAAGCAGGAGUUCAGUGGCGUUGGUGCGACGUUGGAGAAACGUUGGAAAUUCUGUGGGUUUGAGGCUCUCAAGUCUGCGUGACACACUGAGCCAAAUCUAUUAAAACUGAGGCUGCUGGACCUCAGGAGGACAGAUCCACAGUCAGUGAUAAAGAUCAGAGCUUCGGUCUACACCCUGUAAAUGCUCUCCGAUCAGAUGAUCUAGCCCUUUCGUUUACAGACGGUGACGCAGAAAGAAGUGAGACUAGAUAUGCUGUGCAGCAUCAGAUGUAUUUACUUGAAAAAGCUUUUUCCAGACUUCUGUGUGCCGAUUGCAUAACUUAUCCAUCAGCAGCGGCGUCCCUAAAGCCUGGGGAGAUAUCCAGGAAAUACAGCGCUACUCAGUUAAAAAUACUGAAUGUUAAAUAUGGCACGCACAGAUAUGGGAUAGCGGCACUCUGUGGCCAUAAAAAGUGUGUUUGUGAUAAUGCGACGUGGCCAAAUUGCUGGAUGGACAACCGUUGAAGCACCAUUGCACAGCUGGUGCUCUUAAGACAUUCUGCCAUUUCAGGUACCGAAGUUGUAUUGAUAAUGUAUGUAAUGUUGUGUCUUGAUGCACUGUUAUUAAUAAUCUAAAUUAUGAUUUUCUAAAAAUCAAUAAAGACUUUUUCAGAAGAUAA